AUGGCAAAAAAGACAAAGGGCUCCUCAGAAAUGCUACCAAAGGCUGGUCCUAGCCAGAAGAAAAGCCUAGCUGGUCCUAGCCAGACGAAAAGCCUAGCUGGUCCUAGCCAGACGAAAAGCCUAGCUGGUCCUAGCCAGGCGAAGAGCCUAGCUACUGAUAAUAGGAUCAGAAUUAUUGAACAACGUCAGUUACCCUAUGCCAUGUGUAUGGGUUGUAAAAAACAUGAAAAACUAAACAAAAUGCUGAAUUGUUCGUUAUGCGACUUAAAAUAUCAUAAGAAAUGUGUACCUAGAGCACACAUGGACAUUUACGAUUCUGAUGAUGAGUCGGAUUUUGUGUGUUUCACGUGUUAUGUUGUAGAUGAUGAUGACGAUUCAGAUGUCUCCGAUAGUUCCACCUUAGAACUUUAUGAACAGUAUCGCGAUGCCAAAAAAACAAAUUAA